AUGAACCCGCAAUGUUCUAAAUGUAAAGCAGCAAUUAGGAAAUAUAACUAUUCAGUAAAAGAGAUAGAAAGAAUGCGAAACGACUAUGCAGAUUUAAAGAAAGAAGCAGAGAAGCCGGUAGAAGAUAAAAUGAACAUGUUAGAAUUUCUGAACAAAAACUAUCCAACUGCUGACGAUUUCCUUCUAUCUGAUGUCAAGAAGAAGUAUAAAGAAACUUUCGGCAUUGUUAAAACAUUCGAUGUACUAAAAGAAGAAAUAGAAGCUACAAAACUGUUUAGAGUCUCACGAAUUCAUAACGUUUACCAUGUGAAACGUUUAUAA